AUGGUGAACGUAACUUACGACAUCCUGUGGCGGGAAGCUAUGAUGGGCCUGCUCGACCUGCUUGAGGCGGAGAACCCGGAGGACCCGAGCCUGGCGCCGAGCAACGAGCACGUGGACGACUGGGCGAUCAUUUACAUCAAGUACAUUCAGGUGUUCCGCAAACUGGAGGAGGCGUACGACCAGGUCAUCCACCCGCAGAAGCGCAUCGAUCUCAGGAAGGCGCUCGAGGCGACCAUGGGCCGCAUCCUCGAGAUCCGGGCCUACCUGGUCACGCUCAACCAGGGCGUCGACGAGGUCGACCUCGAUCGCGCCCUGCUCGACCUGAAACUCCCCCCCGAGGCCCUCGAGAUCCCGGUGCCGAAGUACUUCACGGAGGCGCACAGAAAGCUGCUCGAGGACCGCAAGGCCUUCAUGCUCCAGAUGAUUGCGCGGGGGCAAACCGCUCAGGCGACCGACGAGAGCGACGGGAAGAACCUCGUCGAGCUCCCGCCGCCGCUGCCGAUGUCCGAGGCGGUCCAGGUGAUCCAGGUCGCCGAGCGGGGCCGGCAGGGCCGCCUGAAGGGCCAGAUCGCGCGCGACCAGCGCCGCAUGAAGGCGCUGCAGGACGCGAUGGCGGAGCGCGGGGUGCGGCUGACCAAGGACGCGGCCGCGGUGCCGAUCCAGGCGACGAUCCGCGGGUUCAUCGCGCGGCGCAAGGUGAAGCGGCUGCGCGACGAGGAGAUGGUCUUCUUGGGCAUGAAGCCGCGGUCCGUGGAGCUGGAGGACGACCCGUCCGUGGUGCUGUCCCAGGUGAUCAUGAGGCGCAAGAACAAGCAGCGGAUGAACUGGAAGGAGUACGAGGAGGCGCUGGUGGUGCUCAAGCAGCGCGUGCGGGAAAUGGAGGGGCAGGACAUGCGCGAGACCAUCCAGGACAAGAUCAACGCUUGGUUCAUCGAGAACCGGGACCCCGAGACGGGCGACUACCCGGACUUCCCGGACGAGGACGUCGGCGGCUCGCGCGUGAUCUUGAACCCCCCCCCCGUCGCGCCGGAGGAGCCCGAGGUGGACGCCAAGGGCGCCAAGGACGCCAAAGCGAAGGGCAAGGGCAAGGGCAAGGGCGACGAGGACGGCGAGGAGGAGGUCAAGGGCGUGUCGACGGUGUUCGUCGGCGCGAUCGAGGAGGCGGUGCAGGAGUACGUGGCGCGGUGGCAGGACUGCGACGAGGCGGGCAACUUCGCGCAGAAGUACGACCCGGAGCUGGUGAAGGAGGAGCUGCGCCCGGUGGUGUUCGAGGAGGUCCGCGCGGAGGUCGACACGGAGAUGGCGGUGCUGCUGGAGAACCUGAAGGACAUGGUGGCGGCGGAGCGGGCGGCCAAGGCGGGGAAGAAGUGGAAGAAGCCGAAGAAGAAGAAGAAGAAGGGGAAGAAGGACAAGAAGAAGGGGAAGAAGGGCAAGGGGCCCAAGGACAUGUCGCCGGACCGCGGGAUGGAGUCGCUCUUUGCCGAGAUGGUCCAGAACAACCUGAUGCAGCUGGUGCGGGAGGUGUCCGUGCAGGACUACGUCGGGGCGUUCAACGCGAUCGGGUCGGACAUCAAGGCCGCGGGCGCGCAGGGCGACCUGUCGCUGGCGCACGUGCGGCAGCUGGUCACCGAGUACUGCAUUCUGCCGCUGGGGAGCCAGGACGUGCACGCGCGCCUGCCGGCCCCCGCGCGCGCGGUGCUGCUGUACGGGCCGCCCAACAGCGGGAAGAAGAUGCUGGCACACGCGAUCGCCCAGCUGUCGGGCAGCAACUUCUUCAACCUGUCGCCGCGCAACACCGACGGGCGGUUCCCGGCGAAGCAGGUCACGCUGAUGAUCAACACGAUCUUCAAGGUCGCGAAGGCCAUGGCGCCGAGCGUCAUCUUCAUCGACGAGAUCGAGAAGGUCUUCAACUCGGACAAGAAGGCCCAGCGCGAGUACGGCGGGACGGAGCCCUUCUCGCGCAUCAAGAAGGACUUCUUGAAGGAAUUCAAGUUCCUCCAGCCGGGCGACCGCGUCCUCGUCGUCGGCUGCACCAGCAGCCCGUGGACGUGCGCGAAGAAGGACAAGAAGGUCUUUGUCAACCUGUUCGACCGGCACAUCUACUGCCCCGUCCCGGACUACGCCUCCCGCGCGCUCCUCUGGCCGUUCCUCUUCGUCAAGCACGGCGGCGCGCUCGAGUUCAACUUCGACACCUCCACGCUCGCGCUCCUGUCCGAGGGCUACACCUCGGGCGACAUCGACCGCAUCGUGCGCAUGGUGCUCUCGCAGCGCCGCCGCAACACCAUCGGCGACAAGCCCAUCGACAUGAACGAGAUCCUCCAGUGGAUGACCAAGGUGCCGCCGGUGUCGGCCGAGACCGUGGAGCAGUUCCGCGCCUGGACGCGGGACCUCCCGAGCAGGCAGCUGCCCGCGGAGCCCACGGAGGACCCGAAGGACGCCAAGAAGAAGAAGAAGUAG